UUUUAACAAAACAGGUUGAUUUGAAACUUGUAUUAUGGAACUCAGUAUGCAUCAGGAUCCUAUAGAUGAUUGGUUGAUGGAAUUAUUACGAGAAAAUGAAUGCGGUACCGACAGUAACGAUUUCCAAGAACAGCAACUUGUAAAGAAAACUGAUGUUUUUUCUACAACUGCACAACAACACGCACAACUUGAGAGUAGUGAAAACAUUUAUCCCUCUAUAGCCUCACAGGUUCGACCGUUUACCAGAAACAACGCAAAUAUUUAUCAUAGCCAGGAGCAAUGUCCAAAGUUUCCAAACACCCACCGUCAUGCGUUUGGAAAGCAACGUAACGAAAGAAACCCGUUAACCAAUGUGUGUCUCAACAAACAGCAUACAAACCAAAAACCAGACUCUUGUGUUCCAAAAAAUCGAUAUUAUCGGACUUUAAAAUUAAAAUCAAAGCGACAAACCGCUAGUGAAAGAGAACGGUUAAGAAUGCAGAAAAUUACUGAACAGUUAAUGACUCUGAAGCACCACCUACCAGAUCACUAUUUUCGGAAUGAUAAUCCGUCAAAAGUCCAAAUUCUAAGGAAAUCUAUUUCUUACAUACACACUCUUUCGAAAUUAUUACAAGAAGGAAAAACGUAGUCGAACGUAAAUACCGUCAUUUUAUGGUUAAUUUGCUGACAAGUGUUUGCAUUUAAAAUAAAUAAACAGUUUUAUUCUAAA